AUGGUCUCUCAACCCACUCAGCCUGCAACGCAACCGAUUGAAGACCCACGUCGUCUCAGGAGAAAUGUUUCUAAUAUUUCGGACGAGGAUGCCAUAGACGUGAUAUGUCUGCUGAGUCCAACCUCCCCGGCUGCAUUCGAUGCAGUAAAAGCCAACCUGUUGGUCUCGCCCAUGCACAUCUUGCAAAAUGCCGACCUUGAGAAUAUCAGUCAAGACGACCUGCUUUUCCGUGAGGAGUACAAUCAACCGCGAGAUAUAGCUUUGCGAAUGUCCUCGCCUGUCACGAAUCUGAAGGACGGUUUUCGAUUUGGCCGUACCAGGAGUCAAUGCGAUGUGCUUCUAACCGCGUACGACCAUGACACCUUAGUGAGUAAGGUGCAUUUCAAGAUAUUUGUGAACAACCAGGGUAGCCUUAUGUUGGAAGACUUGUCUACCAACGGAACUGUUGUCGAUGAUGUCCACCUCAGGGCGAGAGCUCGGCGAGACAAUCCGGCCCUCAAGCCCGCCACUAUAGUCCUCAGGCAUGGUUCUAUUAUUUCUCUCUACGGUGGCGGAAGGAAGCAAGAGGUCAAGAUGAUGGUACGGAUACCGAGUCGGGGUGACUUCGAAGAUGAAUAUGAAGAGAAUCUACGAAGGUACCUGGCGGCAAGAGGCGACGUGGCGCAAUUCGCUUCCAUGCGGGAGAGCACAUAUGGUAAUUAUUGGAACGGGGGUUCCUUGUACAACUUUACGGGUCUGCUUGGGAAAGGAGCUUUUGCAACCGUCUACAAGGUACAGACAAAGGAAGAAGGCGACAUCUACGCCGCGAAGGAGCUGGACAAGCGCCGUUUUAUCAAAAAUGGUGUCCUCGAUUUGAAAUUUGACAGCGAACUCAACAUCAUGAAGAACCUCAAGCACCCUAAUAUUGUCAACUAUGUCGACUGUCACACUUAUCAACACUGGAUUUACAUCCUGAUGGAAUAUGUCCCCUAUGGUGAGCUUGCGAAAGAACUCGGGAAACACGGAGCUAUCCCCGAGGCCGACGUCCAACAGAUCGCAAAACAGAUAUUGCACGCUCUCUACUAUCUUCAUCGACGAAACAUUACCCAUCGUGACAUCAAGCCGGACAAUAUCCUCAUAGCGUCUCGAAACCCUUUGGUGGUCAAGUUAUCCGACUUCGGCUUAUCGAAAUGUGUGACCGACCAAGAGACCUUUCUCAAGACGUUCUGUGGUACGCUUCUUUAUUGUGCACCUGAGGUAUAUCCUGACUACGCAAAUUAUGCUCAAGGAUCAGCCCCGAAAAGACGUCGGUUAGGAGAACCUGCAACAAAACCACCUCCGUCUCCCUACGAUCAGUCCGUGGACAUGUGGUCCUUUGGCGCCGUCAUUUUCCAUCUCCUUUGUGGAAAGCCCCCAGUGACCGGGCGAGGCGAUGACCGCGGCGCGCAAAUGCUGAACAAUAUCAUGACGAAAGAUGUCAAUUUUGACACGCUGAGACAGGCGGGUGUAUCAGAGACUGCGAUUGAUUUCGUUGGGAAGCUUCUUAAUCGAAACCCUGCUCUACGACCAAAGGAGCCCGAAUGCUUGCGGCAUCCGUGGCUUCGAGACUUACCUGAUCAUUGCAACUAUGACGAUAUCGAGCAGCCGACUGAGGAACCGCAACAUUGGCUUGACGUUGUUGAUGAAGUUGACGAAGACAUCAUCGACGGAGAGUUGAUUGAUAGCUUGAAUCAGCUAACCCAGCCACCUUCCUCAGAACGCACUCCAGAUCGGCCUGCGAAGCGUGUUCGCACUAUAAGGAAUAUAUCAACAGCGGCAGAAGACAUAACAUACCCUCGUCUCCCGGAACCUGGUGAAAGUUUCCUGCCUUUACCCACUGCGCCAGAACAACCAGCACAGCGUCUCUUUGGAGAGAUAUCCGCAUCCGUUCUGCGUAGUUCGGGCGUAUUCGGCGGCGAACUGAGCCCAUCUACCCCAAGGGGAGUACAAGAUAUCCGGAAUCGAGUGGAACAAAUCAGCGUGAAUGAUUUUGGGAAUCGCGGGCCUCCGAACAUUGCAGAAAACGCCGACAACUCUGGCCAGCCACUUCAAUAUCCUCAGGUACUUGGCGUGCCAGAAAUUGCAGGUGGUUCAGCUGCAAGCCUUAUGGGGGCAGAACACCAAAUAGGUCAGCUCAACAUGGCUUCUCCCGAGGCAGAUAUCUCGGAUGCUGCGACUCCAGAGACUACUAAUCCUGUAACUCCUGAGACACGUCAACUAUCGCCGUCGGCUUCGGUCACUCCACACGCGCAUAACGAAGCUGCGGAUCCAGCUCAACUGGCCGAAGAGCCUGUUUGCACUCGUCGCAUCGACCUUGACCUCGUCGAGGACCCUGUCAAUUUUGAAGCGGAGGUCGAGGCGCGAAAUGCGUCAAGGGCCAGCAGGCUACGAGCAAAGGCGGAGACUUUUCACGGAAACCUGACAUCCAGACACUCACCGCCGUUGGCUGAGCUUGCAGUCACGAUUGACGCGAAGACUGGUCACGAGGUCAAAAGUAUGGGACAACUGGAUCGCUUUAUUCGCGUCGCUCCAGACCCGGAAAAUCCAACCAGGACGAGUUCUCAAACAACGCUAUUCAUCAAACCUCCGCGACGAUAUGGCAAGUUCACCAGCAUUCCUGGAUCUUUUGCCAACGUCACCAUCAAUCUUGAAGCUAGAUUCACGGUGUGGGGACGAGGCAUUGAUUGCACCAUCCAAUACCCUGACGCCAAAGACACGCGUAUUCCCAAAUAUGCGCUCAAAAUCACGUUCUGGGCGCCUGGUAUGGAGGCUCAUGUCGACGGGGGGAAUGACUGGACUGCGCUUCCCGGGGUAAGAACGCUAAUUGCUACUUCUGCAAGCGGGUGCGUCCUUGUCAACGACGUCGAAUUGCGAAAGGAGUCGCCCUCGGGAGAUGCAGCCUUGUUCGGCAAGCUAUACACAGGAGACAUCAUCACCAUUUUCGACAAUGGAAAGGGCGAGUUUUUGAAGUUCAAGGUGGAAAUCACGUUUGGGGACAGCGCACGACCGAGGCCCGCUGGCGAAGGAGGGUUCAUCGUCCAGGAGGAACGACACCAUCACCAACGCAUGAAGGAGCGCGAGAGUAUGAGGCUAAGUAUGAGAGACAAUGCUGGCGAGGUGCCCAUGGUGCCAACCGUGCGAGUAGGGCCAGUUCUUGAAUGA